AUGGCCUCGCAUGCCAGUCAUCGGGCGAAAUUGCACAACUCUGGUCGGCUAUUCCGGAUUGCUUCCGGCUCACCGGAGCUGCCAAUCGCCCGACACUCGUACUUACCACCUCUUUGCAAGCACUGGCGACGGAUUGAGGAUCCAGGCUCCCUCUUCCAGCCAGCAGUCCUCCGGUCAGAAGAACGAGCUCGGGAUGUCGUCGAGUCGGGAGUCGUCGAAGUUCGUCUACAGUCCGCACUUCCGAGGAAGCGCGCUCUAAAAAUAGGUUUCUCGUCCUCCGAGCUUUGCCCCUAUUUUCAACUAACCGCACUCUCCGUCCUCUCUCCCUUUCUCUCCCCUCAAUCUCGCCUUCGCCUCUCUCGCUCUGUGACUCUCUCGUCGUCCGAGCUCAACGCGAUGACGUCAAACGUCAGACAUGGUCCGUGCGCCAUUGCACUCGAGCUACAUAAGGCCGCUGGCUCGCGCCCCUCUCGUCCCCUCCUUCUCGCUCCCUCCCCUCUCGCUCCCUCUCGCUCCCUCUCCUCUCGCUCCCUCUCCUCUCGCUCCCUCCCCUCUCGCUCCAUCCCCUCCCGCACCAUCCUCUCAUCCUCUCCCAACGCCGGUCCACCUUCUCGCACUCUUAGCUCUGCGCCAUUCCCGCCCUUCGCCUUAGAUCUCCCCUCUCACUCCCGCUCUCGAAUGCCUUCCCAUAUACUCACCCGCUAUUCUUCACCCAGGAGCAAGAAUCUUUUCAAGAAGAACUCACCGUUACUUGAUUGCUACGGACGAGGCAGAAAGUGCACGGAGUUGUAG